AAUAAAAUAGGCCUUACAGUGCACCUUCAUAUGCUUAAAACUGUCCUUCUGCUCUAUUCUCACUCCUCAUAAAUGGUUUUGCCAAUGCUGGCAACUCAACAGUUGGGCCAGGGCUCCAGGCUGUGUCCUCACUCUGUUUUACUUGCCAGUAUGGAAAACCUCUGUGUUUGGUGGGUAUCUGGGUGCAGGAGCUAUAGCAUUUUCUCUUGCCUGAAUAGUGGCCCAAGUACAUUGCCAGUGUCAAGACUGGUGGCUCCCUGGGGAUGGGCAUUACGAAUGACAGGUGGACGAUCGCAGGCAGCUCAAGAGGCAGGAAAGAGCCAAAUAUCACUUAGUAACAGAAGACAGAAGGCAAAGAGCAGAAAGUUGCUAAUACAGGUGAACUCACAUCUAAAGGUGAAACCUGAGGAUUUCAGGUUCCGUUUGUUCAAGGCUGUAGACAAAAUCCAGAGAUACAAUGCCUUUUUUAACAAGAGUGAAAAUUCAACUUGUGAGACCUCAAAGAUUCUUAAGACUGAAAUUUAUAAAUAUAAUCUAAGACACUACAUUUCUGUGGAUUCUGUCCCACUCCACAAUGUUGGCAUUUUCUAUAUUUUUGAAGAGCUGUUUGGGACACUUCUCUUUACUCUUCCCUUCAGAAAAGCAGAGGAUAAAACAGGCAAAAUUGCUGUGAAAAGUUGA